UUAUUAUUAUUAUUAUUACACUCUACCUAGAAACAAAGACAUUAGCUGAGUAACUGGGCUGGCAUCGGAAGCCCUAGCUCGACGUCACUGUUCCGUUGUUCUCGCUACUUUCGCCGCCGUUGAGUUCGUUAUAUAUAUAUAUAUGUAUGUAUAUUAUCUUCGCAAUUCCUUUGCCUGUUAACAAAAGGUUCAGUUGAAUUUCGUAUGCCUUCCUUUUUAAUCUUCAUUUGUUCGUAUGUAUUUUUUUUUUUUCCUUUUGGAGGGGUUUGUGGAGUUUUAAUUAACCCAUACUAUGAACUAAUUACAGCAUAAGAAGAAUGAAGAUCACGCGUGUUUAUUUAUUUUCUUAUGGUUAACUGAUUCAAGAGUAUCUAAACAUAUUUGGUUCUGUUGAUGUGCUUAAAUUUAUUAAAUUCAAGGAAUCGUGUGUAUAUAUAUGUGUGUGUACAAAUAUAUAUAUUUCAAUAAAAAAAAUGUCUACAGAGAUCAUAGCACAUGGAACUUCCAUUAUAUGUUUUAACAUCAGUGUGCAUCCUCUUGUUAGAGAAUGAAUUUUUUUGUUAAGUCUUGUUAGAGAAUGAAUUGUGUAUUAGGAGUAGCAAUCACCAUCUAAUUGGACUCUGAUUUUGGCUAUUGAUUCCAAAAUGUAGUUUAGUUGAUUUGAUGAUGAUGAGUUCCCUUCUCUUACCACCAAUCCUCGAACUCUAGACCUAAGGGUUGACCAUACAAGCCAGAUUUGAUAAUGAGUUGUGAAAGAAACCCCACACAAGAAUCAUGUGGACAUGGGAUUUUAAUUUUACGAUGCACUUUCGAACUUUGGAAGUUAUCAUUUCAAGGAAAGAAAUGAUUGAUUUCAAUACGACAUGGCAAAAUCAUCCCAUUUUUAGUGGGUUCAUUCUAAAUGACAUUUUUCACAAACUUUUCAUGCUUCUCCAUGUAUAAAGUUAUUGAUCUACCUUGACUGUGUGCCAAUUCUAAUAGAAGCAUAUCACAAAUUCACAAUGGACCAUGUUUUUAAGAGUAGUGGAAUCCUUGUAUGUGGCUGCGCUUUUCAUUUCGAUAAUGUUAAUUACCGCCUGCAUAUUUUGUCAAAUUCUCUUCAUCACAGAUGGACAACUAAAUCUUGAAGCACUGUAACACCAGCACUAGGUGACUAGCAUGGACGAAUAAAACUGAUCGUCUUCUUUUCAAUUUUUGUUUUGUUCCGGCAUAAUUGUACGGUUGAAUUUUUCCGAAACAAGUUGAAUGCUUUAUUCACCUAAGUGAAUGGAUUUGAUUCUAAUAACUCAUUUCCUUAUACUCCUUCAUGUAAAAUCAUUCAUUUUGAGUCUGAUGGCCUAUGAAUUGAUUGCACAUAGCACUGCUUUGUGAUAUUUCACUUAUGUGUAAUUCAUCUCAGUGUGAAUGUACUUUUCUAUGUUAAAUUUAGUAUGUGCAACAAUGUGGAAGAAUGUCCUGCGUCGAAACACAUUGCUUAUGGUCAGGCACUACUCAAGACUUUCUCCUCCACCUCCUGCGUCUGCUGAACCAAUCAUCCAAGUUUCCAACCACAAAACUCAAUUGGGCUGCACAAAACAGGGACCAAAGCCUCGGCAGCUCCUAUCCUUGCCUCCACUCCCUGCGCACCCCUUACCUGGAAAGAACUCAGACAGUCUUCCUAGGAAUCCCACUCAUCUUACUGCCAUUAGUUGGAUCAAGUAUUACUUUGAUGAAAUCCAUGGAAAUGUGAUCCAGUCCCAUUUCAACCAGGGCCUUGUGAGUGUCCAGAUGGAAUGUCUAAAUUCGAACGAGUCGUUGAUGGAGAAAGGAGGACAAAGAAAACCCAUGAGAAAGCUAACAUACAGAUUAAGCAUAAUGAGGUAAUGGAGGUGGGGAUGAGGCUUCAUGUACCCGUAUCAGUUGCUGAGGCUAGGAUUUCCAAGAGAUUUGACACCAUACCAAGUGGAACACUAUACCCAAAUGCUGAUGAGAUAGAGUAUUUGCAAAGGCUUGUCAAGUACAAGGAUUCUGCUAUAAUCGUACUAAAUAAGCCCCCCAAAUUGCCAGUGAUGGUUAACUUCUCUACGGGGCACCUGCCUGUUCAUAACAGCAUGGAUGCCUUGGCAGCUGCAGCAUUGUCUUAUGAUUAUGAUGAGGGUCCUAAGUUGGUUCAUCGUCUUGACAGAGAGAGUAGCGGCCUCCUUGUUAUGGGGAGAACAAAAGAAAGCGUAGCUCAUCUUCAGUGGCUCUUCAGUGACAUAAAGAAAGGAAAAUCCUCGUCUAAGUGCUCUCAGCUUACUCAUGUUUGAUGUAACAAAGGGUUGUGCAUUCAUAUUUGAAUUGGUCAUCUAAUUUAAUGUGUGUGUGUGUGUGUGUGUGUG